UGUCCCUGGGCCAUGGGAAGGCCCCUUUCUCCUCGCUUGUCUCUUCCUUCCCUCGCCAGAACCUGAAAACCAAAUCUGCUUAUUUUCCUGCCCUAGCAACUUCCCUUCUUACACGCGCAAUAUCAAGGCUCUCCGCCGCCGCUAUAUAACAUUGCUGUGACUUGAAUCUGGAAAGUAAAACUAGGAUAGUAAAACGAUCAGAUAAGACUUGAUAUACUUAACUCUUGGUACACCAACCCCUAGGCCUAAACAGCGAUCCGUUUCGAGCUAAUCUGUUAAUCGGUUACAGUGGAACCGGCGGUUAAGUUGUAAUUUUAGUAACACCGUAACGGGCUUAGGGCGAUGCCACCGAGCAUUAUCUGAUUACACCCUUUAGAUCACUAUAGCUAGCCACCCACAUCGAACGUAACUCGCAAGAACUUACAGAUGACAGCAACAAACAUCUUAUUCCUGGACAUCCCAACUGCCCUCCCAGUGCCUUUCUCACCAAAUACAUGGAAGGUCAGACUCGCACUGAACUACAAGAAACUGACCUAUGUCACAAAAUGGGUCGAGACGACUAGUAUCGCAUCUGUGUGCAAAUCGCUCGGAAUACCACCUACGAGCACAUUACCAGAUGGAACACCGAAAUACACACUCCCUGCAUUAAUAGAUAACACCGCAUCUCCUUCUGCCCUUCUCUCGGACUCAACGCCAAUAAUCGAGUACUUAGAGCGCACAUACCCAGACCCCGAUUCCUCCCGCGCACUCUGCGCACCCGCCAGUCGCGCCCUUCACGCUCUCUUCGAAUAUCACGUUGCGCACUCCAUAACAGCACAGUUACUACCCGUCAUGGUCAUGCAUAUGCAUGACAAGAAGACCCCACAAGAUCGCAUCCACUUCCGUAAACGCAUCGAAGCGGCGUUUGGGAAGAAACUCGAGGAUUUAGAACUCAGGGGCAAGGAGCGCGAAGCAUAUUGGAAGAAGAUCGAAGACGCGUUUGACCUCCUUGCAACAUUUAUGCAGGCCGGGGGCACCGCAGGAGAAUUAUUUACGGGAUCGAAUCUAUCUCUGGCGGAUUGUAUACUAGGAGGUCUUUUGUUAACUUUCCGCUACACCAGCCCAGACGAAGCCUGGAUUAAGAUCUCGGCUUGGAACGAUGGGAAAUGGAUACGUUACAUGUCCGCCUUGGAGGAGUGGACGACUGUAGUAUAAAUAGCUUAUCAGUCGAUAGCAAACGUUUCUUAGCUCCCUCUCAAUUAUAGGUCUGCUGCGGCGGUCCAACAACUUUGGGAGUUUGAAUGGGAAGAAUGAUUUAUAGACUUCGGGUCUGGUACUCUGGGUUUCAUCCUAGUCCCCCU